AUGCCGCGCCGAAAAGCCGCCGACCGAACGGGGCCGGUGAAGACCCGGUCUCGUAACGGCUGCAAGGAAUGCCGGACGAGUCGUGUCCGCUGCGAUACUAAGAAGCCUGUGUGCACGCGCUGCUAUGAAAAGGGCCUGCGGUGUACCACCAAUCUUGUCCUGAAAUGGGAGUCGGAAUUUGCCAGCCGCGGUGUGGCCUUUGGCCGGGCAGGCGUUUGGAAUAAAACUCGCACCGACGAUUCAUCUUCGUCCUCUCUUCCGCCAACCCCCACAUCACUCACAGAGGGUGCGCAGCAGUGGUGUCCCGUGCCGCCAAUUCAUUCCUGGGGGUUCGUCAAUAGCGGAGUGGUGGCAUUCGAAAACCCGAGCGAGGUCGAUGUUACGUCCAAUGAACUCCACGCUAUGGUUCCUUCAAUCAGCAAUCCCGCUGCAUCACAAUUUCAAUUGCGCUCGCUAGCGGACCUCGGUGGGAUAGCUGCGGUACUGCAUCCAACCCCAAGGGCCGGCCCAGCACUUUUCCCCGAUGUGACCCGCAUGGGGCAUGGCGAACUCAUGGACUACUACCUUGAGCAGAUAUGCCCCCGCACCACCGCAAGCUCCUCCGUCUCGUCGCCGUUUGCCUCGGUGAUUUUGCCUAUUGGUCUUUCUGCGUCCGCCACCCUGUUCAAGGCCAUCCAGGCACUCGGUGCCUGCCAUCGGUCUCGCACCGAACCAUCCUAUGCUGCCCUGGGGCUACGUCUGAAGUCGGAGACUCUGAGAGAUCUCCGGCAUCGUCUUUCUUCGGAGGGUUCUUCAAUGUGUUGCAAUGACCCCGAAGUAUUGGUCAUCAUGAUGUUGCUCUGUCUGUAUGAGAUUGUAGACAAGUGUGAUCGGCACUGGACAAUCCAUCUCAAAGGCGCCAAAGAUCUGAUCCGCCUGCGGAGAGAACAGACCGCUGCUCUCUCCUCAUCACGCCAACCAGACUCGGCCACCGCUUUCGCCGAACACUUUUUUGCUUUCCAGGACGUCAUGGGCCGAACGGCCUGUGCCAAGGAGGUUUUGUUCGGGAGUGACUACUGGAAGGCGGACGAUCGGCACAUCGACUUGUGGAUGGGGUGCAGUCCGGAACUAGUCUCCGUUCUUUGUGCUAUCACCGACAUGAGCCGGGCCCGGCGCAAUCUAGAUUCAGAAGCGUCUCGCGCUUCGUUUGCGCUCCGGGCGGAGGCGCUUGAAAAUCAGCUUGAGCAUCUUGUCCAAGAGGUAGAGGAAGAAGACGACGACGUCCUUGCAUCUGCAGCGGAGGCUAAGCGUCUGGCUGCAGUCCUCUACCUGCACUGCGCACUCUAUGGCGCUUCUCCCACCACGCCUUUGGUUUCUGACUACGUCCGUCGAAUUCUCAAGAUUGUAUCUGAUCUUCUCGAUCGUAAAUCCUUAGCCAGUAUCACCUGGCCGGUCUUUGUAGCGGCAGUGGAACUUGACCCGUCGCGCGACGAGAUCUGGACCGAUGGCGAUGGUUCGCCUGUCUCCGGGCGAUCGACCGUCCUGCGUGCCCUGGCCGCGAUGACGGAGUCGACCAUCGCCAACAUUGCCCGAACUCGGGCUGUGAUUGUCCAGCUGUGGCAGACACGCGACCAAGAUCUCCUGAAGGCGCCGCAGACUGAGUGUAAUGACUGGGAGUGGUACGUGGUUCCCAUCAGCGAUGCAAUGAGCCUGGCGUGA